UGAGACAUGCGUGGCAGUGACGUCAUGUGGUGAUAUUCAGGACUCUUGUCAGCUUUGAUGUAACCGCAGUGCAGGUGUGCGGGAUGGGGUGCGGGAUGGAGAUUCACACACUCCCUGUAGAGAGUGUGAAAGUUACCUGCAGGCUGUGGGAACUCGGGUGUGUUUACAGGACACAUCAAGCCCUGCUCUAAACACAUUACAGAUUUACAGGUUUAUUACAGGAGGCUUUCUCAUCAGCCUCGCGCUUCCGGGAGAAACGAUAUCGACCUGUGUGGUCACUGUAAAUAAUAGAAAUAAAGUGAACAAAAAUAAAGGGAAUACAUAAAGAUGGGUGCAUUUCAUAUGGAUGUGUGUGGACACUGUGUCUGGGUCUGUUUUAUCUUAAUAUAUUAAGCUCUUUUUUUUCUUUUCUUUUCUUUUCUUUUUUUUUUAAGGCUUAUUUGUUAUUAAGCAAGAGACCGUUACUGAGACUAUAGUGAGACAGAAAUCCGGAAUUUCGACUUAAUAAACAACAACAAGAACUGACAUCAGAUCUUUAUACGAAAGGAAUUUAAAAAUAAAUGAAUGAUCAACCUCGAAUGACAAUCUAAUAGGGCCAUGAAACAACCAAUAACAAACAAAAAUCAUGUAGAAAUAAUAACACAACAUGAGAAAAUCACAUUUAUUUAUUUAUUUAUUUAUUUAUUUAUUUUAUUAAUUUCCAUUGAUGUUUUUGUUACAAUAUAAAUUCACUAGGCCUGAUUUAGUAACUUUGUAUAAAUUUUUAUACGAUAUGAUUUUUUUUAGUAUCUUAGCACAAUUAUUUUAUUAUUUUUUUUAUAGUUUGUCUUAUAUACCGCCUUUUACUUUGUAACACUUUGAGACUGGCCUCACAGAAAUGUUAUUAUUAUUAUUAUUAUUAUUAUUAUUAUUAUUAUUAUUAUUAUUAUUAUUAUUAUAUAAUCAUCAUCAUCAUCAUUUUUGGUAUUAAAAAAAUACAUUUAUACAUGAAUAUAAAAUAGGCGUAAAUAAAAAGAUUUAAAAAAAAACCUUUGUUUUUAAAAAGUUAAAAACAAAAUAAAUAAAGACAAAAACAAAACAAAAUAUAUCAAAAUAAACGAUCUAUCAUGAAAUAAAAUAAAAAACAAUCAUAUACAUUCAAAACAUCUUGUUUUAUUUUUAUUGAAAACAAAUAACAUUGCUGUCCAAAUAAAAUCAGUACUCCAUAUCCUAUUUUAUUCAUUUUAUUAAACACGAUUUUUUUUUGUUAAUUUGAUUUGUUUUGUGUGAGAUGAACAGAUUGACAUGUGACCAUCGGAAGACCCGAAGACUGAGUGGUCAGCUUUUAUUUUUCAGUUCCCACGGCUCUGUGAGCUCCUGAGCGCGUUAUCACCACCUCUCCAACUCACCUGCUGUAAAACACCAAGCUGUCGUGUGUUAACUUUCCCUCGCUUUACACUCCUGAGAUGAUGCUGAUGAUGUGAUGAUUACUGCACCAGUUAUGGCACUUGAAAGGAGCAGAAGCUACCUGAGCACCUUUAUAAGCGCGAGCUCUGCGCGUUCACUUCACACAGACAGCAAGGUGACCAUCCGCAACCUUGAACCGCAAAUUCUCUCCAACCUUCAGAAACUUGGCGAUUUUUUUUUUAACCCCCUUGAAUUUAAAUUCGUAAAGGCCUACAUAGUGUUUGUUUUUUUUCCCCACUCUCUUCUCGUGUUAUUUUGUAGGCUAAUCUUCUCUUGUACAAGAUGCGCGCUCUUGGUUUGGCCACGUUCCUGGCUCUGGCUGCUUGUCUGUGCGCGCUCCCGCGGCACGUCAGCCAGGACCUUCCUAAGCGCGCGGAGUUUUCAGAUCUCGAGUUCUCCGGUAACGGAGCAGGUAACGAACCGGUCAGGGGAUCCGUGAGAGUGGUUAAAGUGAGUCCGCACUUUCUGCGUCAUUCCCCGGGUCUGCUCGGGAAACCCGCACUGAAGCGGGGCCCGUUUCCAGCCUUCUUGGAGCUGGGUCGCCCCGGGCCUUCUGUGCACGCGCACGCACCUGCAGCGUCGCUCCCGCACCUGAGCGCGAGCUACACCGGCGCCGACGCCAGGAAGAGACAAGGCCUGGAGAUGUGGCAGAGGGUGAUGCAAAAAAGCGAGCCAAGCAAAGAGGUCCUCUCACUGCCAUUUAACUCCAGAGAUGCGGGAACGCAGAGCUGUGCGGCGCUGCCCUUCACCCAGCGGAUAACCGAGGAGGGCUGUGAACCGAUAACCGUCCAGAAUAAGCUGUGUUUCGGUCAGUGCAACUCCAUGUUCGUGCCCCCCAACGGAGGAUCCGGCAUGCACCGCGGCGGACCGCCUUGCUCACGCUGUGGCCCGUCCAGAGCGCGCACCGUGCACGUGCCCAUGCACUGUGGCUCGCAGGUCCGAGAGAAGCGCGUGAUGCUGGUGGAGGAGUGCAAGUGCGAAACUGGAAGAGAGGAAGAGAAGUCUGAUAACAUGCCCAUGCAUUUAUAACCCGCACUGUCAAAGUGUGUGUGUGUGUGUGUGUGUGUGUGUGAGUGAGUGAGUGAGUGAUGACAAGAGCGCUUAUUCGCAGAAUUCUACCCAAGGUCCUACUU